UAUUAUUGAUCAAGUAUCAGUUCGAGUUGUUUUAUUCAGCGACAUUUCCUCGUCAUAAUUGUUAAUUAGCGCCAACUAUAUUAAUUUAUAUAUUUUUAGUCGUCACAACUAUAGGAAUAGUAAAACUGCUAUGUCAGACCUAAUAACUUUGCCCAGUUCGCUUAGUAACACCCAAAAACCAAAUUUUGAUUUACGAGUUCGCCUCGAAUGGUGGUCUAUAAAUCUUUAAAAUUAAUAGCGUUUAAAGAAGCUCAGUUCUCACACACCGCAAGACGUUGACUGGCUAUAUUCCUCCUACCUUUUUCUUUUUAAAUUUUUCGCUUACUAUAGGCCUACUGUGAUAUGUCCAACAAUGGAUGGACUCUUAUAAGUCGCUUUUCAAAUGCUGAUUCAAAAAAUUGGAUAGAAAAUGGUGUAUUUUGGUUUGACAAAUCUUCCGUCUUCGGUAAUCCGAGGAGUCCAUCUGAAAACAAGGAUAUGAUUUCUGAAGCAUUCUGGAAAGUAAAAGCCAACGAAUUCAAGAUAACACGAAGUGAUGACUCUAGUCACACAGCUCUACUACAAACCACUUCCAAUUGUCUUCAAGGUGGGACAUUCAGGUCUAAAAUCACAAGUUAUGGAAACUUUCGUAAUGGUGCUGUCUGGGCAAGUGAUCAGUGUCGUGGAAAUUGUCCAGUUAGUUACGGCGGUCAGUACCAAACUACGGCAGGUUUUGAGAAGCACAGUUGUAGCAGCAACAUUCAGAGUAGUAACUACAUUGGGUUUUGGUGUGAUUGGGAUAGUGGUGAUGGUGCAGUGAUGAUGAUUGGUGGUGGAGGAAGUGCUUGUGGCCGAGCAGAUCAUGGUGUUGGAAUAACAGAGGAAAAUUACGCAAGGUUUGGUGGAACUCUACCUCGCUAUGAUUUUGGCUACAACGCAGACAAUGCUCCACCUUCAACGUAUUCACUCAAUUUGUGGGUUCGUUAGAAACCAUUAGUUAGAAACCACA